UGACUCCAUGGAAACGGCAGAAUGGCGUGCUAGCCUGAGAGGAGAAGCACAGCUAGCAUAGCCGACGUUAAUUCUGGGAACCAAUAAAUCUGUCUGUACACUGAAUACAUUUCAUUUACCGCCUUCCUGCAAAGAUGAGUCGCACGCCCGAUGCAAGAGCAAGGGACAACCAGACAAGAAAGAUCCAGGAAAACAUCACCAGUGUCGAGAAACAUUUUGGAGAGAUGUGCCAAAUGUUUGCUGCCUACGUUCGGAAAACAGCCAGGCUACGAGACAAGGCAGACAUCCUGGUUCAGGAAAUCGGAUUGUAUGCUGACAUGGAAACGCCAAACCUGAAGAGAGGUAUGAAGCAGUUUGCUGACCACCUGGCCAAGAUUCAAGACUACCGCCAAGCUGAGGUGGAAAGACUUGAAGCCAAAGUCAUAGAGCCCUUGAAAAGCUAUGGAGCUGUAGUGAAACGUAAAAGGGAAGAUCUGAAGACGACUCAAAGUGCCAGAGACAGAGAAGCCAAACAGAUGGCUCAGCUUGAGAGGACCAGACAGAGAAACCCCUCAGACAGGCAAAUCAUUUCUCAGGCUGAGAGUGAACUCCAGAGAGCCACCAUGGAUGCAACGCGCACCACGAGGCAGCUGGAGGAGACCAUAGACGAGUUUGAGAAGCAAAAGAUCCGGGACAUUAAGAGGAUCUUUGGUGAGUUUGUAACAGUGGAGAUGUCUUUCCAUGCCAAGGCCUUAGAGGUGUACACUUUGGCGUACCAGAGCAUUCAAAGUGUGGACGAGGAGGAGGACUUGGAGGUUUUCAGGAGUUCACUGCACCCCCCUGACUACCAGUCACGCUUAGACAUAGUGCGAGCUAAUUCCAAAACCUCCCUUGAUCGGACCGGGUCCUUCCUGAGUACAUCAGGGACCUUACAGCAACAAAGAGCCUCCAUUCGGCAGACAAGAAGAGAAGAGGAGGAAGAGGACCAAGAUGAGUCUGAGGAGGAGGAGGACGAUGACGAUGAAGAGGACGAAGAGGAAGACUCAGAUGAUGAAAAUUAAGUGUUCUUUAUGUAGGGAAAAAAAGGAUAUCAGUUAUAAACUAACUAACGGUUAUAACUAACUGUUUUAUAAAAGAAAAGCGGUGUCAUUGCCAUAUUCACCUCACACAGGUGUUCUGAGCAGUAUUGUAGUAAUAAUGUGCUGUAGUUGUGUGAUGCUUUGUGAGAGAACAUGUUGUUCUUUACUGCUAUUUCUCUUUGAAAUUCCAGACAAUUAUUGUCGUAGCUAUUUUUUUAUAUUACACACAAUGCCAAACAUUGUGCAUUUUAUUGACCCGUGGUCAUUUGUCUUUAUGAAUAAAACAACUCAAUCUGUA